UCAAAGCUUCUAACCCCAAAUCCCGGCGUCUCUCUCUCAUUCCCUUCUUUAAACCAAGAUUCUCAGUACUUGUAAUUUCACCGAACACCUCAUUUGACCCACCUAAAAGAUCAAUCCAGUACUUCACGCGCCGUUAUUUCGGAAGUAGAAAACGUCGUCAGUCGCCACUACUCCUCCUCCUCCUUCGGAAGGAGACGAAGUCGAAGAGAACUAAACAAACCCCAAUUUCUCUUCCACUUCAUCUCCUCCCCCAAAACCCAGAUUUUCCACAUCCCCACAUAUCAAUGGAGAAAUCCCAGAGCAACUCCUCUGACGCCGUCAUCCCUCCCUACGUGAAGGCCCUGUCGGGCUCGCUGGGAGGGAUUGUGGAGGCCUCGUGUCUGCAGCCGAUCGACGUCAUCAAGACGCGGCUGCAGCUGGACCGGACCGGGACUUACAGGGGAAUUAUCCACUGCGGCGCGACGGUUUCGCGCACGGAAGGCGUGCGGGCUCUGUGGAAGGGAUUGACUCCCUUCGCGACGCAUCUUACUUUGAAGUACGCGCUGAGGAUGGGAUCCAAUGCGGUGCUUCAAGGGGCGUUUAAGGACUCCCAGACUGGCAAGGUCAGCAGUCACGGCCGGUUUAUUUCCGGGUUUGGCGCCGGAGUUCUCGAGGCGCUUGUUAUUGUCACUCCUUUUGAGGUGGUGAAAAUUAGGUUGCAGCAACAGAGAGGAUUGAGUCAUGAUCUUCUAAAGUACAAGGGUCCUGUGCACUGUGCUCGUAGGAUCAUCCGGGAGGAAGGCAUUCGAGGGUUAUGGUCGGGGGCUUCUCCAACUGUUAUGCGCAACGGGACAAACCAGGCGGCCAUGUUUUCAGCCAAAAAUGCUUUUGAUGUUCUCCUGUGGAAGAAACAUGAAGGAGAUGGAAGAGUCCUGCUGCCAUGGCAGUCUAUGAUCUCAGGUUUCCUGGCAGGAACAGCAGGUCCCAUUUGCACCGGUCCCUUUGAUGUUGUCAAAACAAGGCUUAUGGCUCAGGGCAGAGGGGAUGGCGAGUUGAAGUACAAAGGCCUUUUCCAUGCCAUCAGGACUAUAUAUGCAGAGGAAGGGCUUCUUGCCUUGUGGAAAGGACUGUUGCCGCGGCUCAUGAGGAUACCACCCGGGCAGGCCAUUAUGUGGGGCGUGGCUGACCAAGUAAUAGGAUUGUAUGAGAGACAAUAUCUUACUGUUGCCGCCCCCUUGUAGGUUUAAUAUCAGUGGUAUGCUUGUUCUGGUUUUUAUUUCCAUCACAAGCAUCCUUCUUCAGUCAUUUUAGUUCUUAACGUUUCUUCGUCUAGUUUAUUUGGUUUCUCAUUUUUCAAGUUUAAUAAGGAGAACGUAUAACGGACCUUUUGUAGAAAUAAAUUCAUAAUGAGUAAAAAGGAGCAUGGCAUUUGAUGUAGUCGAUAUGUGUGAGCCAGUGUUCCCAUGUUAUUUGUGUCGAUGAUCUGU